CUCCUUAUGUCGUAUCGCCAAAUUUGAAAACCAACCGUUACCUUCCGCUUCUUUCCCGGCAAAAAAAACAAAAAACUGGAAACUUGAAAAUGUCCAUGCUACCCCUCCCAUUUCUAAAAUUCCCAACGGUCCUCUUCCUAUUCUUUGUAACCACUAUACCCUUGACUGUAAUUUCACAAAAUGCCAACACAGAACAAACUAUUCUCUUGAAGCUCCGGCGAGAACUUGGCAAUCCACCGUUGCUCGAGUCAUGGAACUCCUCAUCGCCACCCUGCAAUUGGAAAGGGGUUCAGUGCAUCGGCAACACAGUUACCGGACUUGUGCUCAGUGACGUGAACAUAACAGUGACAAUUCCGGCGACAAUCUGUGACCUGAAAAACCUAAUUUCUCUCGAUUUAUCCCUCAAUUACAUACCCGGUACAUUUCCUACAGUUCUUUACAAUUGUUCAAAGCUCCAGCAUUUAGACCUCUCUCAAAAUUACUUUGUCGGUCCAAUCCCUGAUGAUAUUGAUCGUCUUUCAACUCUCCAGUAUAUAGACCUCGGAGCUAAUAACUUUUCCGGUGACAUCCCAACGACAAUUGGUAACUUAACGGAGUUGCAGACACUGUUUCUUUAUCAAAACGGGUUUAAUGGGAUUAUUCCAAAGGAGAUUGGUAGUUUGGCUAAUCUAGUAAAGUUAGGAUUAGCCUUUAAUCCAUUUAUGCCUUCAAGAAUUCCAGUAGAGUUCGGUAAUCUAAAGAAGUUGACUUUCAUGUGGAUUAGAUUCGCUAAUUUGAUUGGUCCAAUACCGGAGAGUUUUUCCAAUCUUUCAAGUCUUGAACAUUUAGAUUUGGCAAUGAACAAGCUUGAAGCUAAUAUGCCAAAUGGGUUGUUUUUGUUGAAGAAUCUGACUAAUUUAUAUCUGUUCCAUAAUAAAUUGUCGGGGGAAAUACCACAGGUAGUAGAAGCAUUUAAUUUAGUAGAAAUUGAUAUUUCUCUGAAUAGCUUGACUGGUUCAAUACCAGAUGACUUCGGUAAGUUACAGAGAUUGGAAGUUUUGCUUCUGUAUAUUAAUCAGUUAUCUGGUGAAUUACCAUCAAGUAUAGCUCUACUUCCAAAAUUGAGUAUUUUUCGAGUUUUCACUAACAAAUUGAGUGGAGUAUUGCCACCAGAAUUUGGACUUCAUUCCAAACUUGAAGUUUUCGAGGUCUCAAGUAAUCAUUUCAGUGGUCGAUUACCUGAAAAUCUUUGUGCUGGAGGUGUUUUGCAGACUUUUGUUGCAUUUUCAAACAAUCUUACAGGGGAGGUGCCGCAAAAGCUUGGAAAUUGUACUACUUUGAACACAGUUCAGCUUUACAACAAUAAGUUUUCUGGUGAGAUACCUCUAGGUUUUUGGACAGCAAUCAAUAUGACAUAUUUGUUGCUAAGUAAUAAUUCUUUCUCGGGCAAACUUCCAAGCUCAGUAGCCUGGAAUUUGUCCAGGUUGGAAAUUAGCAACAACAAAUUAUCUGGUCCAAUUCCUACUGGAAUCUCUAGUUGGAGGAAUGUUGUUGUUUUCAAGGCAAGUAAUAAUCUGUUUUCAGGUGAAAUUCCGGAGGAAUUAACAAGCUUGUCACGUCUUAGCACUCUUUUUCUUGAUGGUAAUCAGUUUUCCGGUCAACUUCCAUCACAGAUGAUCUCCUGGAAGUCGUUGACUGAUCUAAAUCUAUCAAGAAAUGCACUUUCUGGCGAAAUCCCAGCAGCAAUGGGGUCUUUACCUGAUUUGCUUUAUUUAGAUCUGUCUCAAAACCAUCUCUCUGGCAACAUCCCAUCUGGGUUUGGCCAAUUGAAGCUUAUAUACCUCAACUUGUCAUCUAAUCAGCUUUCUGGUCAAAUCCCGGACCAGUUUGAUAAUCUUGCUUACGAGUACAGUUUCUUGAAUAAUUCUAAUCUUUGUGCAGUUAAUCCAGUUCUGAACCUUCCAAAUUGCUAUAUUAUGUAUCGCAGUUCAAAUAAACUGUCUUCUAAAGUUCUUGCUAUGAUUCUUGUUCUAGCCUUAACUAUCUUUGUAGUUGCUGCUAUAUUGACUUUAUUUGGAGUUAGAGAUUACCUGAGAAACAAGCAUAAGCGAGAACUGGCAACAUGGAAGCUGACCUCAUUCUCGAGAGUGGAUUUCACACAAGCAAAUAUUUUGGCGAAGUUAACAGAAAAUAAUCUGAUUGGAAGUGGAGGGUCGGGAAAGGUAUACCGGAUUGCUGUGAACCGUGCAGGAGAUUCUGUUGCUGUUAAAAGGAUUUGGAAUAACAGAAAAUUUGAUGAGAAGCUUGAAAAGGAGUUCUUGGCAGAAGUUCAAAUACUGGGCACAGUUAAGCAUUCAAAUAUAGUGAAGUUAUUGUGUUGCAUUUCAAAUGGGGAUUCGAAACUUCUUGUUUAUGAGUAUAUGGAGAAUCAAAGCCUCGAUACAUGGCUUCAUGGGAAGAGGAGGAGAUCAUCAUUAGUAACAAACACAGUGAAUGAUUCUGUUUUGGAUUGGCCAACAAGGUUGCAGAUCGCCAUUGGAGCUGCGAGAGGCUUAUGCUAUAUGCACCAUGAUUCCACCCCACCUAUCAUACAUCGAGAUAUCAAAUCAAGCAAUAUCUUGUUGGAUUCUGAAUUCAAAGCAAGAAUUGCAGACUUUGGAUUAGCUAAAAUGUUGGCUAAGCAAGGAGAAGAUCAUACAAUGUCUGCUGUAGCAGGCUCGUUCGGUUAUAUUGCACCAGAGUAUGCUUAUACAACAAAAGUGAAUGAGAAGAUUGAUGUUUAUAGCUUCGGAGUUGUUCUCCUCGAACUAGUAACAGGAAGAGAAGCUAACAGUGGAGAUGAGAAUUCCAGCCUCGCAGAAUGGGCGUGGAGGCAAAGUGCAGAAGGAAAGCCUUUUGUUGAUUGCCUCGACGAGAAAAUUAGGGAACCAUGUUAUCUAGAAGAAAUGACAACUGUAUUCAAGCUAGGGCUCAUUUGUACAAGCAAAUUACCGUCUGCAAGGCCAUCUAUGAAGGAUGUAUUGCAGGUCCUACGUCGAUGUUCUCCAAGGGAUAAUAGAGAGAAGAUGGGAAUGGAGUUUGACGUUGCUCCUCUUCUUGGCAGUUCUACUUAUCUUUCUAGUUACAGGCGCAGUAAAAGAGUAGCAGAUGAUGACGACUUUGAAAGUGGCUUAAUUUACAGUGAUGUCUAGUAAUAAAUAGUUCAGCUUUUUCUUUCUAGGGUGUAUCAUAUGCUACAGGCCAAAAAAUAAUCCCUGUUUUUAACUAGCAGGUUUCUCAGUUUCAGUCAUCCCAAUCCCCAAAAUAAAAUUUGCACGUAAACCAAGUCAACAUGCCUCAAAAAUGUACAAAUUACCAUAAAUUACAGAAGCAUUUAUCUGGA